CUCUGACCAAUAAUAUCGCCUCCCACACUUCAAAAAAACAUCUGUCAGAUGGAAGUCUUGUCGGAUUAUUGAUUUUGAAUUCGGAGGGUCUGCAUUGCGCCAUAUAACGCGAAUUGAUAAUGGCCGUUUUCAAGGUAACCAAGUGUCCCACCGACGAAUUAUCCCUGACCAACUGUGCGAUCGUUAACGACAACGAUUUUCCGGGAGUGAAGCACAUCCGAAUAAACACCGGCGGAGGUCAAAAUUUCGUGUUUUCCGUGAAAACUCACCCGGGGGUGCCGCGGUACCAUGUCGGGUUUAGUUUACCGCAGAGAAAGUGGGCGGUUUUGUCUCUCAAUCAGGAGGUCGGGGUCGAGCCUUACACUCCUGACGAAUAUCUAUCCUCUGUUGUGCUCGAAGUGGACUAUAUGCAGAAAAAAGUGACUUCUCAAGAACAAUAUGAUACCGACGAAAUGGCGAAAGAGUUUUUGUUGUCGUUUCCCAAUCAGAUAUUUACCGUCGGUCAGCAGUUGGCUUUCGCUUUCAAGGAUAAAAAGCUGCUGCUUCUCGUCGUCAAAGAUUUGGAAGCUGCUAAUAUUUCCGCCAUCAAGGAAAACCGGGACGCCAAAGCAAAAAAGGCCCGAAUCGGCCAGCUCAUUCCAAACACCACGGUACAGUUUGAAAAAGCCGAAAAUUCCAGUAUCAAUCUCGUGGGUAAAUCGAAGGGGAAACAAGUUCGACAGUCGAUCAUAAAUCCCGACUGGGAUUUCCAGAAGAUGGGCAUCGGGGGGCUGAGCAACGAGUUUAACGCGAUAUUUCGACGGGCUUUCGCGUCCCGCGUGUUCCCCCCGGAAAUAGUCGAGCAGUUGGGCUGCAAGCACGUAAAGGGCAUCCUACUGUACGGUCCUCCGGGUACGGGCAAGACCCUAAUGGCCAGGCAAAUUGGGAAAAUGCUGAACGCGAGGGAGCCGAAAAUAGUGAACGGGCCCCAAAUCUUGGAUAAGUACGUUGGCGAGUCGGAGGCGAACGUGAGGAGGCUGUUCGCGGAGGCCGAGGAGGAGGAGAAACGGGCGGGGCCCAACAGCGGCCUGCACAUCAUCAUCUUCGACGAGAUCGACGCCAUUUGCAAGCAGAGGGGCUCGGUGGCGGGCAACACGGGAGUCCACGACACGGUGGUCAACCAGUUGCUGUCGAAAAUCGACGGUGUCGAGCAGCUCAACAACAUCCUGGUCAUAGGCAUGACGAACCGGCGAGACAUGAUCGACGAAGCGUUGAUGAGGCCCGGGCGUCUCGAGGUGCAGGUGGAGAUCAGCUUGCCCGACGAGGAAGGCCGCGUGCAGAUCCUCGACAUCCACACCGCGCGUAUGAGGCACUUUAAAAAAAUCAGCCCCGACGUGGACGCGAAGGAACUCGCCGCGCUGACUAAAAACUUCUCGGGGGCGGAGCUCGAGGGUCUGGUUCGCGCCGCCCAAUCGACCGCAAUGAACCGCCUCAUCAAGGCGUCGAACAAGGUCGAGGUCGAUCCCGAGGCCAUGGAGAAGCUGCUAGUCACGCGGGCCGACUUCAUGCACGCCCUCGAGCACGACAUCAAGCCCGCGUUCGGCACCGCGGAGGAGAUCAUCAACCAGUAUUUGGCGCGCGGCGUCAUCAAUUGGGGCCCCCCCGUCACCGCCAUCCUCGAAGACGGCAUGCUGUUCACGCAACAGGCCAGGUCGACGGACACUUCCGGCCUGGUGUCGAUCCUCAUCGAAGGGGCGCCGAAUUCGGGCAAGACCGCGCUCGCCGCUCAACUCGCGAAGAACUCGGACUUUCCGUUCGUGAAGGUGUGCUCCCCUGAGGAAAUGGUCGGUUUCACGGAGACCGCGAAGUGUCUGAGCAUCCGCAAGGUGUUCGACGACGCUUAUCGCUCGACCCUCAGCUGCAUCCUCGUCGAUAACAUCGAGCGGCUGCUCGAUUACGGCCCCAUAGGUCCCCGGUACUCGAACUUGACGCUGCAGGCGUUGCUGGUGUUGCUGAAGAAGGAACCGCCUCCCGGCAAGAAGCUGCUCGUGUUGUGCACGAGCAGCAGACGCGAGGUGCUCGAGGAGAUGGAGAUGCUGUCCGCGUUCACCGCCGUCCUCCACGUGCCUAAUCUGUCCAAGCCCGAGCACGUGCUCAACGUCAUCGAGACGUCCGAGAUAUUCAGCAACCAGGAACUGAAGCAGAUCACGCACCAUCUGCACGGCAAAAGGAUCUUCAUCGGGAUCAAAAAGUUGCUCGCGUUGCUCGACAUGAGCCGCCAGACCGAGGAACGACUGCGGGUGAUCAAGUUCAUUACGAAACUGGAGGAGGACGGGGCCCUCGAGGAUCCCGGCAUGGCGUAGACUAAGGAGUCCCAAAAUACUAAUCGUUAUCGUUGUGAAUGUGAUACCUCGUAGCGUUAGGCUUUCAAGAUUAUUUAUUUCGUCGGUGCUGACAAACAACGGUCAAUUUGUAGCGUGUUCAGUUUUGCGCUUCUCCUCCCCCAUUAUCUUCCGCGUAGACGCGGGCCGGGCCCUUAGGUCAACACGCAAUAAGUACUGGGAGGACGGUCGGGGUCGCCGACGUCCGCCCUAACCCCCUGUUAUCGUUUUUGUAUGGAUAUUUUUUCAAGAAACGUUCGAAAUAUAUUACGGUUAGUUCAGAUUUCGACUCUUAUUUUGGUCCUC